GCCUCCAGCUCUCAGCGCCUUGGUCGCCCAGGACAGAGAGGCUGUGCGCACCGGUGCCAGACCCAUCGCCAGCCGCCCCUGGGCCAGUGGACUCUAAGAGUACCGCUCUCGAACCCAGCGUACCCCAAGAUGAACGUCAGGAGGGUGGAAAGCAUCUCGGCUCAGCUGGAGGAGGCGAGCUCCACAGGCGGUUUCCUCUACGCUCAGAACAACACCAAGCGCAGCAUUAAAGAGCGACUCAUGAAGCUCUUGCCCUGCUCAGCUGCCAAAACGUCGUCUCCUGCUAUUCAAAACAGCGUUGAAGAUGAGCUGGAGAUGGCUACGGUCAGGCAUCGGCCUGAAGCGUUGGAGCUGCUGGAAGCCCAGAGCAAAUUCACCAAGAAAGAGCUUCAGAUUCUUUACAGAGGGUUUAAAAACGAAUGCCCCAGUGGUGUUGUUAAUGAAGAAACCUUCAAGGAGAUUUACUCGCAGUUCUUUCCGCAGGGAGACUCCACAACAUAUGCACAUUUUCUGUUCAAUGCAUUUGAUACGGACCACAAUGGCGCUGUGAGUUUUGAGGAUUUCAUCAAAGGUCUUUCCAUUUUGCUUCGGGGGACAGUACAAGAAAAACUCAACUGGGCAUUUAAUUUGUAUGAUAUAAACAAAGAUGGCUACAUCACUAAAGAAGAAAUGCUGGACAUAAUGAAAGCAAUAUAUGACAUGAUGGGGAAAUGCACAUAUCCUGUCCUCAAGGAAGACGCUCCCCGACAGCAUGUGGAGACAUUUUUCCAGAAGAUGGACAAAAAUAAAGAUGGUGUUGUUACCAUAGACGAGUUCAUUGAAAGUUGCCAAAAAGAUGAAAACAUCAUGCGCUCCAUGCAGCUCUUUGAAAACGUGAUCUAAUGUGUCAGCACAUCCUCCGCUGAAGAGGCCAAUGUGAACUCCUCUACACACUUACAAGUUGGAGCCCCCACUUCUAGCAUAGAUUGCUCAGCUUUACACUGAAGCAUAUUAUGCAAACAGCUUUGUUUUAAUAUAAAAACAACCACCCCCCAAGAUUUAAGUUUUCCAGUUACCAAUCUGCAUCUUCUCUGCACCAUCACUGGGGUCAUGAAAUGUGCUAACUCGUUUCAUACUCUGAGGCUAUUCAAAAGGCACAGAAUCUGGAACAGUUUUGAUCCUUAGCCACGUGGUACUGAGGCUUUCACAGAUCAGUGAUUUUAAAACUCAAGUGGGUUUUCCUACUCGUUUGUAUGUAUUCAGUCCUGGAUUUUAAAUGGUUUUUCUAAAAUAUUUACAUCUGUACUUAAUUUCCAGAAAGCCAAUGACCUUUCAUUUAAUUCAAAUUAUCUAACACUGAAAAGUAAACAAAGAUUAUUGCAAUUAAAAAAAGACCAAAAACACAGUCCCAAUUUCUAUGGCUUCUCCACCUGCUAAUGUUAAAGACAUUAAUGUAUCUGGCAUUUUUUAAGAACACUUAAAAACUUAGUUUAUUAUCAGAUGUUAGCAUAUACCUAACAAAAUUAUUUUAGUAUUUGUUAAUUUUUCCAUAUUAAAGCCAAGGCUCUAUAUAAUCCAUGUUACUUUGGACCUGUUUGAUCUUAUAUGUAGACUGUUUUGUACUGUGUCAUGAAGUAGAAAUUUAAAGUGUCAAACAAUCCAAGGAUGUUUACAGAUUUACAAAGGGUCCGGAUGUCUGUCCUCCAAAACCUAGUAAUGCUUCUUAGCAAGUAACUCAAACAGCAGCAAAGGGCAAUUCUAGCCACCCCAAACACCCUAAUGAUCUCACAGCAUGUUUAUUAUAAGCCAUUGAGGGACAGAGAAUCCUUAACUGCCCCAAAGUCACCAGAAGUGAAGAUCAAGUAAAAUAUUCUUUGAAAACACCAGUGAUUCUAUCAUAUUGGAAAUUACACAUAAGGCUGUUUAGAAAAUGGAAUACAAACAUUGAACAGUUCAUCUGAAUUGCAUUAUGAUUUAGCACAUCAUAUAGCUUAAAGGAUUCAGAUUCAUUUCAGUGAUCUUAAGGCAAACUGUAGAGCUGCCACAACAGUACUAUAGAUACACAUACCUUCCCUGUUCAUAGAAAUAUCACAAGUACCAAGAGGAUACAGGAGGAGAAAAUUGCGACUGUCUGCAACAAUAAAUCAGGUAUCUAUUCUGGUGUAGAGAUAGGAUGUUGAGAGCUGCCCUGCUAUCACCAGUGUAGGAAUUAAGAGUAGUACAAUACAUGUACACUGAAAUCUGCCAUCGCGUGUUUGUGUAAACUCAAUGUGCACAUUUUGUAUCUCAAACAGAAAAAUAAAAGCAAAAUAAAGUGUUUAUUACUCUA